UUUUGGCAGAUUGUAGUUGUGUUGAAAUUUUGAAUAUGGACGUUUUUAACACGCCUGUAAGGAGAAAGACUGCCGUUGACCAAGUUCAAAUUCCUGCUUCACCUUUUCUGAAGAAAAUAGGCUACGGAACAGGUGUUGCAGUAUAUGAAAUGGUAAGGUCUCCCGUUUACUGCAAAUCUCGUUCACCUUGGGCUGUAAAGAAACUCGUUCACAAACAGAAGAAUAAUGUAGAACUUAACAAACGUAUCAAAGAAGAAGCUGAUGUCCUACGACAGCUAAAGCAUCCAAAUAUCGUAGCUUUUAAAGCUUUUGCGAAGGACGCUGAUGGUAGAAACAUUCUUGUUAUGGAGGAAUGUUCUAGUUGCCUGGGUGACAUGAUAGAAAAUCGCAGCUCUCCAUAUUCUGCGAAGACUAUUGUUCAAGUUAUGAGAGAUAUGGCUACAGCUUUGCAUUAUCUCCACAAUGAAGCUUUAAUGAUGCAUUGUGAUGUGAAAUCUUAUAAUAUUUUGGUGAAGGGUAACUUCACUAUUUGUAAACUAUGUGAUUUUGGAAUCUGCUUACCCGUAACCAAAAAAGGAGAAGUGGAUUUAACAAAAGCAGGCACAGAGGUAGAAUAUGUGGGCACAGCUGCUUGGUCGGCCCCUGAAAUCUUAAAAUAUCCUCAAGAAAUAACAACAAAGGCAGAUGUGUACGCUUUAGGACUCGUUAUUUGGGAAAUGAUUGCUUUAGCGCCUCCCGUCGAUGAAGAAUUUGUGAGCAGUUUUAAUUUGAGUUUUGAUGAUUCCCAAGUUAGUAUAAAUACAAUUGACAACACAUUAGAGUCAUCUAAUGUUGAAAAUCUUAGAAGUAGGCCUCCUUUGCCCAAUAUUGACUUAAGUACGGAGUACAAUACUGUUCUAGAAAUUUUUUAUUGUUGUACUGAUGUUGAAAGGGAUCAGAGGCCUACUGCUGAGGAUAUAAUGGUAAUUUUACAAGAAGCAAACAAAAAUGUUUGUUGUAAAUAGUCUCAAAUUAAAUUUUUUAUGUUUUUUUAAUCUAUGCAAACGGUUGCUUAAGUAUGUAGUUACAUAAUAAUACAUAAAUAAUUUUAAAGUGUUGUAUCAUCUUAGAAUUUAUUCCAACACAUCAUCUCAUCUAGGUAGUGUACAAAAGUUUGAUAAUUGUUUCAUUUCUGUGAUGUGUAAUUUUAAUUAUAAUUUGAAUUUGAUCGCCUCUGUUAGUAAGUACAAGCAAAUUAUUAUUUUUUUAGAGUAAAGUGACCAUAAAACAUUCUUCAAUAACUCAUAUGCUAAUAACACUAAUGUACCAAAUAGCUAAGUAAGUAUGUGCAAAGUUCAUAUACACCUAUGAACUUUGGUAUGUGUGACUAGCAAUGCCCAGUUUAGUAAGUUGCGUGAAAUUAUUGUUGCUGUCUUUGAAUGGUAUUGGUAUUGGUGUGACUACUAUUUUUUAUUGUAAAAAAAACUAAAACGCAGAAUUUCUUCGACUGCAUUCAGAUCACAAAUUUGUUGUCACUUAUUUGCUGUAUUUUGUAUUUCCAACACGCCUGGUUUUAAAAAAUAGUAUUUGAAAGGUUUAUA